CUCCGGAGCGGUAAGUCGUACAGUUCUCGUCGGGCUCUCGUCGUGCGGAAAAUGGAAAGCCUCAAGUGGUGUCUGCUCGUGGCCGUGGCUCUGCUGUGCCAGUUUGGGCUGGCGCCCGGCCAGGAGGGGGUGAAAACGUGGCGCAAGGGUGGCGUCAAGGGUGGCCACGAACCGGCCAAUGGGACGCAAAUGGUGGAUGCAACCGAGCUGGGCCGGAACCAGACCGUGUCGAUGGUGGAUCUGCACCGAUCCAACGAAUCCGUGAGCGCUCUGGAUCGGUUCCUGAACAAGACCAAGACUCAGAUGCCGGCCGGAGUGUGCUUCGAGGAAGUCCCCACCGUUUCGUUGCUGCGCCACGACCACCGCGGUGAUGUUCCGGUUGGCAAUGGGUCGGAUCCGUCGCUCAGCCGAGUGCAGGUCUGCUGCGCCGGGUACGAGCGGAACGUGCACAACUUCCGCAAGUGUGAACCGAUCUGCAUCGAGCCGUGCUUGAACGGGCUCUGCAUAGGACCGAACACCUGCGAGUGCUAUCCGGAGUUUGUCCGCAACCCGCGGGGCCGCUGCGUUCCGACGUGUCCGAUCGGGUGCGAUCACGGUGAGUGUCAACCCGGGACGAACGUGUGCCAAUGUCACGAGGGAUACGAGCUCGACCGGGACGACGGGAAGCUGUGUGUUCCCCGGUGUUCCGGUGGCUGCGGAGAGGCCGGCCGGUGCGUGGACGUGGAGCGAUGCGAGUGUGGCGAAGGAUUUGAGUUUCACCCGCAGCAAAAGUGUGCCCCACAGUGUGCCGGUGGCUGCCGGAACGGGAAGUGUGUCGCACCCGGCGUUUGUCAGUGUGAGGCCGGCUACACCCGGGAGGACACCGGUUGUGAACCGAUCUGCUCCAAUGGAUGCUUCCACGGGACUUGCCUUGCCCCGGAAACCUGCUCCUGCAAACCGGGCUACAAGCUGUCCAGCGAAGGCCAGUGUAUCGCCGGUUGUGAAAAACCGUGUCUCCAUGGCGAAUGCACCGGACCGAACGUAUGCACGUGCGAUCGUGGCUAUGAGAACGAUGCGGCCAAUCCCUUCCACUGCAUUCCCCACUGCCCGAACGGAUGCCCGAACGGUGUGUGCUCGGGACCCAACAUGUGCCUCUGCAAUGCCGGCUACGUCAAGGAUCGUUCGCUGAAAGGAAGUCAAGCUUGCGUGCGGCGUUUUGAUUCCGUCAAAUCGUAACGGGUGGGACGUGAUAGCACGCCUCCGCCUUGCGUUUCAUUCGGUUACCGCCAACUUCCUACCCCAGAGACCGAUUGCAGAAGAAGUGGCGGAUGCAUUCGCAAAUGCAAGACUCGGCUAUUUGACAGAUUUGUUUACGCCACAACCACCAGCGCUGAUUUGAUAGCGGUUAUCAUGGUGCAAGAUGUAAACUACCCACGUACUCUUCAACCACGGACGACAGAACAAAUGAAUAAAGCGAGCGAUCCGAUUUCAUU